AUGUCAUGGCAACAGAUCAGCCCAGGGCAAUACGCCCGCCCUCUUGACACCUCCGAGCACCUAUACCGUUCGAUCGCUGCGUCUGCCGCUCAUCUCGAUAAGCAGCAGUGGUUCGUGUCAAGUGCCGUGCAACUCAAAAGCCCAAUCUCUACAUCCGCCAUCCAGCGCGCAUGGACCGCACUACGCCACAAGCAUCCGCACAUUGCAGCAGUUGUAGAUGCCUCCGGAUCAACCUUUCACUAUACCGUCCCCUCGCCCUCAGCACUACAAGAAUGGACAAAGCAGAGCAUCAUCACCCACCCACAGCACGAAACCCGAUCCGCCGAAACGCUGGAAUCAGACCUGGACCCAACUGACGCAUGGACUCUGCAUUACCUCUCCCAUUCAAACGAGCUGCUCUUCCACGCAAGAGGGAUGAUCCUGCUCCAGCACGAGUUCCUGACGCUCCUCGCAUCCGGCGAAGUAGUAGGACCCGAAUCCUUCGAUGGCUCCGAAUGCGCGCGCCUGGCACCACCCUUCGACACCGUGACCGGAAUCUCCACGCCCGAAAUCACGCCCGAGAUGAGCGCCGCGUCAGACGCAGUCUUCAGCGUCCUGUUCUCGGAAUCGCCCCCGGCCUCGGUUAGGGAAUGUUCUCCCCCCGGUCCCCCCGGAAAGCCACGCCGCGCUGCCCUCAGUCUCCCCCGCGACGUCACGGCAUCCAUCAUCGCCGCCAGCAAAGCCCGCGGCCAAAGCGUCACGACCACCGUCCACGCGGCCCUGUUCGAAGCAAUGCGCGCCCAUGUCGAUGUCGACGGCGGCAGACUCAUGGGCUUCAACCCCUUCGACCUGCGCGACCGGCUCCCGGCGCCGUGGAACGGGGCCGAUGGGUGCGCGAGCCUCUACCACACGGGCAAACCGUGUAGCGUGGAUCUGGCGGAAUGUGCGGACUUCAACGCGAUCGCGGCGCAUCUUGCGUCGUUCUACAGCGAGGACCUAUCCCCGCUGUUCCCGCACAUGAUGGACUACCACCGCAAGAUCGGCGAGUUCAUGUCUGUGCCGCUGGACGCGGCGAUGGCGAUGCCCGGCGCGGCGCGGCCGGAGCUGAGCUCUGUGGGUGUUGUUGAUAGGUUCCUGGCGAAGGGUUAUAGCGGUCCUGGCGGGGACGUUGAGGUUGAGGUUGUGGAUUGGUGGAUCGGGGUGCAGAUGUUCAACCGGCUGAUGCAGAUGUAUCUUUGGACGUGGGACGGGCGGAUGCUGCUGGGGUGUAACUAUAACGAGGCGUUUUAUGAGGCUGGGUUUGUGGAGGCGUUUCUGGGGGAGUGGAGGGAUGUUUUGGGUAGGGAGCUGGAGGUUGUUAUCUUUGUUUUCGCUGGAAACGCAUCACCCGGAGAUCGAAUGCUCUUUCGAAGAAUAGCUAAUCCCGAAGAGCUGGAUAUAGAAUCCAGCCAACGGAUUUGCCCGCCAGUAACCUCACUGCCGGGAUUACAGUGGGCGGAGGCUCAGCUGUUGUACGGAGUAGGGGUAGUCAGAGAUAGGGUUGCAUUCGGGCAACAAGCUCGAUGGCGCAUAGGUGGCCUUAUGGUUACUUUCCAGAAACAGUCUGGGGUCCGAGCCGCUCUCGGAGACACUCCGCUAGCGUCCAAUCAUCAAUGUCUUUACGGCAAUCGUUCGCUUGGUCUCUACGGAAAAGUCGUGCCGAUUACCGAUACAAGUAGCGAGGCACUAAACGCAGGGAACCAUUUUGCGUUCAGUGCCGUGUCCUCUGACCACCAUCCACUGAACCCACUAAGGGCCUGUGACUCCUGCAGACAUGACAAGAAACGGUGCGACAAGGUCCAGCCAAAUUGCACCAGAUGUACAAGGUAUUUGCAGCCAAUUCCAUCUUCUAAGCGAUUGUUGAUUCUGAACGGUACCAGCCUCGGCGAUAUCUGCGUCUACGACGACCUCCCCGGCCUCGAGCUCCUGCGCACGCCCCAUGCCUUCUCCGUUACCCUCAACACCAAGUCUCCCACCUACAGACCCCGAUAUCCAGUCGAAUACCAUGAUCACUUUCCAGCCUUGUUACGCUUCUUCCAAGAUAAAAUGGGCCUACUUUCAUACAAGGUCGACAGAUCCACGCUCGCAACAUUCAUGCGCUCCUCCUGGAUCAGCUCUGCGCUCAGCGACCCAUGUCUAUUCCACGCAACGCUCUUUUCAGCCUCCGUGCAACUCGACGCUCUGACGGGCAUCGAGGAACCAAACUACGCCACCCUCUACCACCAGGUUAACACAGUGAGGCUGGUGAGACAUAGGCUGGCCACCUCGAGUAACAACCUCGACGAUGCCACAGUUGCAUCUGUUCUCCUACUUGCUUUGCAUGGUCCCCUCCAAUUCGACCGCGAGACGUCAGAGAUCCACCAACACGGCCUAGUGAGAAUGGUCGCAUCCCGCGGCGGGCUCAACAAGCUCGGCUUCGAGGGGUAUCUGGCUGAAAUGAUCCAGAAUGCCAUGGUCUUUCUCUGGAUCGUAUUCGACUACCCCGACCCCUUCCCCGUUCCAGAAUGGGACCACGUCGCAACCUCGCCGGCCUACACCAUCUCGUUGAUCCUGGACGGAUCAGAGAAAUCUCGAAACGAAGUCGUCCGGCUCUACUUGCGCGGCCUGUUCCAAGACAUCCAGCAGCUCCUCCACGAAGCUGAAGCCUGUAGCGACGAACAAUAUAGCACGGCCACGGCCACGGCCACGAUGACCAGCAACUUCAACACCGCCAGCUCCCAGCGCCUGCGAUGCCUGCUAGACCGAUUCUGGUCCCAUCGAUCCGACCCGCUCCUCCCCCUCGACACGCAGCAGAAUGAAUCCGCACUCUCCGCAUCCGAGCUCGCGCUAUUCAAAACGUGCUCGAUAUCCGCAACAAUAGUAGCGUACCUCCUAGACGACCGGGUGGCGUGGUCCGAGGAGCAAAUGUCGUGGUAUCGCCGCGCACUGGCCGAGGCCAUGGGCGGCACGGAGCGCGGAUCCUGGCUCGAGCAUGCGCCCGAGGCAACGCUGUGGAUUUCAGCGGUUGGAGCCGCGAUGGCGGAGGAUAUCACCGGACGGAAGUUUUGGAUCGUGAAGGAGAGGUGCGUUGCGUCUUCGAUUCGGAGGACGCAGCCGAGUUUGCAUGUCGCUUGCUGGUUCUCGUAUCGGCGGUUGAAGGGGAUGAGGCUUGCGAAGGCUGUGGCUUGUUCUUGA